UGCAAAGCCAACUCAUAUUCCCACUAAAACACCAUCUCUUAGGAUAUAGUAGUUAUAUAUAAAUAUCUAUACCUAUUGAUCUCACCAUCAACUUCCUCUCUGGCGGCGGCGGUGGUGCUGUGGUGUCGACGCAUUACAAUCAAAUAAUCCCUUUGGCCGCAAAUCAUAACUGUCAAACAAAACAAAAGAGAUGGCGCCGCCGGCAGCAGGUGGUGCUGAAGUUGCUGCUGGAGGGAGGCAGCAGCAAGGAGUUGGUAAGAUGCUUACUGGAAUAAUUAGGGUGGCAGUUUUCUGGUACUUCGCUUCCAAAUUCUUCAGUCCGAAGCGAUCUCCCACCGAGCCAUCUCAACAGAUCUCCAAUCUCUUUCAAAGAGGCGAACCUUUGGAUAUGUGGUUAUACCUUUCGGAAAAGGAAAAUUUUAUUGAUUUUGGUGGAUCUCCUGUUUGGCACGAGACAAAUAUACCUUAUGCAGUUUGGAACCCGAAGAGCACCAGAACUUUAUCAUUGAAGUAUCAUCCUUCUGAGGCUCUAAAGCGCAAUGGGAGUCUUUAUGCUCAUGUUUUCUUUGCACGUUCUGGCUACCCACCAGAUCCCAACUAUCCCGAGUACGAGCCAUACACUGCUUUUGGGCGGACCUACUCUGUUGUAACAUAUUUGCCCAGGUCGAAAGCUGACAAAAAGAAGAGUCUGUUGGGCGACUCAGAAGACUCCACUGAUGGUGAAAAUGUGUCUGAGGUUGUUGGCGAUGCUCAAGUUGAUAACAAGGAGGACAGACCAGUUGAAUGGAUUGCAUAUUGGAAACCAAACAUGACAAUAAAUUUAGUUGAUGAUUUCACGAGAUAUUCUGCCAAUGCAGUUCCACCAAAUAUUGCUCCUUACUUGAAUAUCGAGCCUAGCCAGCGAAGCUAUUAUCCAACUGUCUUCUUCAAUGAGUUUUGGUUACUUCGAGAUAAGUUAAUACCAAUCAACGAGACAGUGGAGGAGUUACCACUGCAUCUGGAAGUAGGUCCCAUAAGCAUGACCAAAUGGCAGCUAUUCCUGCAGAUGGAUCAAUCUUUCCAGAUCCACAGGACUUAUGGAAGCAUGCUGGAAGGCGAAGCUGAUGAACUUAAGAGAGUCUUCCUGGAAGGGAAUCCAUACCUUCUGGCAGUAACAAUGGUUGUUUCAGUGCUACAUUCUGUAUUUGACUUCUUGGCUUUCAAGAAUGAUAUUCAGUUUUGGAAUAAAAACAAGUCCAUGGAAGGACUGUCUGCAAAGUCAGUUAUCGUCAACUUUAUUUGUCAGCUUAUUGUCUUCCUCUAUCUUCUUGACAAUGAAACUUCAUGGAUGAUACUUGCAAGUUCUGGUAUUGGUUGCUGCAUUGAGUUCUGGAAAAUAGGAAAAGCCAUGCACAUUGAGCUUGACAGUUCUGGUAAGAUACCAAUGUUGAGGUUCCGAGACCGGGAGUCAUAUGCUAAAAACAAGACGAAGGAAUAUGAUGAUCUUGCUAUGAAGUAUUUGUCAUACAUUCUUUUCUUGCUUGUUGCCUGUUUCUCUGUGUACUCCCUGAAGUAUGAACGCCACAGGAGUUGGUACUCUUGGAUUCUCUCAUCCCUUACUAGCUGUGUUUAUAUGUUCGGUUUUAUUAUGAUGUGCCCUCAAUUGUUCAUCAAUUAUAAGCUGAAGUCUGUCGCGCAUUUACCUUGGAGGCAAAUGACAUACAAAUUUCUAAACACGAUCAUUGAUGAUCUCUUCGCAUUUGUAAUUAAAAUGCCAACACUGCAUCGGCUUUCUGUUUUCCGUGAUGAUAUCAUAUUUUUGAUAUAUGUGUAUCAACGAUGGGUUUAUCCAGUGGACAAGAAAAGAGUAAACGAAUUUGGUUUCGCUGGGGAGGAUGAUCAUGCCUCUAGUAGUCCAGAUGCCAUAGAACAAAAGGAAGAUGAGAAGAAAACUAACUAAUCUUGUUUCAUUGAAACUUUUUGAUAUUUUAAUUGCAUAAAAAAAAAAAAGUAAAAUUAUGACCUAAUAUUCAUUUUCAUCUCUAGUUAUGUACUUGUCAGAGAGUUUCUCUGUAGGUAUUAAUUAUUUUGAGACGUUCCAUUCGAUUAGUUUCACAUACAUGAAAGAUUGCCUCUCUGAUAAUGAUAUGGUUGGUUUCUAAAGUUCUGUAA